GAUGGCCGUUUGCGGCUUGGUGAUCACAUUGUCUGUGUUCAAGACUUUAAUGUUCGAGGUUUCGGGCCGGAUCAAGUUGCCACAGUCCUUCGUCACACGAUCUCUGCAAAGCUGUUAGCCACUGGACUCAACCCUGAAGAGGACGGUAGUGGAGCUGAAGAGGGAUCAACCGUCUUCCGCAGGUUGAACAGCGAUUCAAGUCCGGAAAAGGCAGUCUUGAACAAUGCUAGUGAAUUGACACUGACUGAGAAAAGUAUACCUUCAGUGCCAGUGCGGCUCAUUGUUGCUCGAUCGGCAUUGGCUGACCCGAACGAUUUGAGUGAUAUAUACAUUGAGCAACAAAGACGCAUGGCUGAGCAGCAAGUUAUGGACGCCAUUGGUGUUGUCCCAACAGAACAACUUGACGAAUAUCUCGAGGCUUUGCUGAAUACAAGUCUUUCUUCACAACCACUGACGGACGGAAACCAACCCAUAGGACUAACAGUUUCGGCUACUCAGAUAGACCCUUUAUCAGAGCACGGAGAGUUAUGUGACGAAGAACCAUAUCUAAAGAAAUCAAGUUCUAUUUCGACAAAUAUUGCUGCUUGCAAGACUGUAAGAGGGUGGCCUACAAAAGAAAACAAUGAGAGUACUUCUGAAGAGGAACCCGUCUCUACUGCUUACCUUCCAAUAGAAAAAUCCGACCUUGGCGCGUUAGCUGAACCCGAUUCAUACGAUGAACUUAUCAGUAAACUUCACUGUCCUUCGUCACCGAUGCUGACUCGAGAAAAUGCUGAAGACAGAAAAGAAAAUAUCGGGUCUAUUUCACCGUUGGAAAAGACAUCGGGUCUCGCAUCAACUGACUUUGAACAACUCAGUGUGAUUCUCGAACGUCCGAAAGACGAAGGCCUCGGACUGACAGUUGUAGGAUAUGUUUACCGCGACCCUGCAAAGAGUAAGCUACAUUUGGGCGGAGAAUACACCAGUGGAAUCUUCGUUCAAAGUCUAGCCACAAACAGUGUGGCGGACAAAUGCGGACAGAUCCGGAAGAACGAUCAGAUCAUUCAGGUGGGUGAUUCUUUUGAGAACUCCACGGCAGUUACUGGACCCACCAUCGCGCUAACUAGUCAUCACUCAAACGAAAAAAUGUUCACCUGUGAAAAUUCACAUCCGUCUAGUGUGUGCUCGAGGAGUAGUUGCAACACAAUCGCCUCGCAUGUCAGAUGCACGGAGUUUAGAACUUGGCACGGCCAAAAGCAGGAAUCCACACGGAUCCCGCUAUACCACACGUCUUUAGGCGCUGCUACGGCCGAUAAGCCUGACCCGCACGAGGUUGGCCCAGGAUUCGGGACGCUUGCCGGUCCGACAUCGAGGCGAGAUCUGAUUGGUCAACAAUCUGGACUCAACAGUCAUUCACGGCCCAGUAUUGGCCAAAUGCCGAUUGCCAAUGGCGCAUCCAGAACGCGUCAGAACCUCCAGAAAGUUAUAACCGCUUACGUUACAUAUGCGAAGCGCUCGGUCAACGCUUGCCCGCGGCUGGUCAACACCUACCAAAAAUGCAAGACAAACUCAGCUGCCAUUCCCAUGCAUCUCCGACAAACUGACACGCUUUUGAGAGUGUUUCGUCAGGACGCCAACUUUAUAGAAAGCCCAAUGAUCGUGGAACUUACUGAGUGCCUUGAGCAUCCUUCCACCUGCAACCAGAUGUCCUCAACAGUCGAACCACCGGUUUUGGGGCCCGAAGAAACCUUGCAUAACCUUGAUCGUAUAAAAGACUUCGACAGUAGCGGUGAUAAUCAUAAUGCAAACAGUUCGGCUAGUGUCGAACGAUUCGGCAUGCAGUAUGCUGAGAAACGUCGUAAAACUGUGCCCAGUCUUUCAAGUUAUCUGGAUUUUCCUGUUGAACAAGAGGUGGAUUUUUACAAAUUUCCCACAAGAAUCCACAGAAAUUUAUUGCUUUGCAAGCAAACUUCACAGUCUUCACCUUCCAACCGUGUUAUCGGUGGUCGGAUUACCGAUCCUAGUAUUAUCUAU